UCUUUGAAAAGGCAAAAAAAUUUCAAGACACAAGUUCUGAUGACUUUCCAGUAGUCAGUGUCGUGUUAUUGGAUGAAGUUGGUUUGGCUGAAACAAGUCCACAUAAUCCAUUAAAAGUUCUUCAUUCUCUACUGGAACCGAGUUAUCCUGCGGAAGGACCAACUGUCUCUGUUGUUGGAAUUAGCAAUUGGAGAUUGGACAAUAGUAAGAGUAGUAGAGCAUUGUUAGUACAAAGACCGCAAUUAACUCUUGAUGAUCUUGUAGAGAUCGCAGUACGUUUGCUUAAUGACGAAUCAACUACAAAGGUACAACCAUCUUCUGUAAGACACUUAGCAACUGCCUACUUAGAUUAUGAAAAAUCCGAUCAAGAAAUUCCAAAUUUCCAUGGACUUCGAGAUUACUAUUCUUUAGUUAAAAGUCUUUCAAAUCAGGAAUUAACACCAAAAAAUAUACAAAUGGCUUUAGCUAGAAAUUUUG